UGGAGGGGGAGGAGACCGCGGCGGCGGAGAGGGCCGUUUGGGGGCGCUCCUGGGAUUCGCCGGCUCAUUUCUGAACUGGCACCCACUCCCUGGGACCUCGGGAUUCAGGCGGGGUAGAGACUAGACUAGACCAGAAGACGCAUUGAAAAAAUAAAUCCCUGUCGUUCCUCGGGGGCGGAGCCGGCCGGCCGGGCGAGGCUGCGAGGCCCGGCCUCCGAGCCUGCGGACAUGGAUGACAGUAAGGUAGUUGGAGGCAAAGUAAAGAAACCAGGUAAGCGUGGUCGAAAGCCAGCCAAAAUUGACUUGAAGGCAAAGCUUGAGAGAAGCCGGCAGAGUGCAAGAGAAUGUAGGGCCAGAAAGAAGCUGAGAUAUCAGUAUUUGGAAGAAUUGGUGUCUAGUCGGGAGAGAGCCAUCUGUGGCCUCAGAGAAGAGCUGGAAAUGUACAAACAGUGGUGCAUGGCAAUGGAUCAAGGAAAGAUCCCCUCUGAAAUAAAAGCUCUCCUAACUGGAGAGGAGCAGAGCAAAUCCCAGCAGAACUCAAGCAGACACACCAAGGCUGUGAAGACAGAAGCUAAUAAUAACUCUUGGUGAAGGUCAUUUCCAUUUAAGAUCAAGAAGUAGUUGCUGAAUUGAACAUUCAGAAUCACAUGGAAGAAUGGACAAGAUUGGACUUUGGAAUUUAAUUUGCUACCUACAGUUCAGUGGUCAUUUAUGUUAACCUGCAGUUGUUGACCAAAAUCUGAUUGUUCUUGUUGAAGGACCUUGUUUUAACCUUCAACAUUGGGAAAAUUCAGAAUAUUCAGUCCUCUUUCCCUUGAUGUUGAUAGCUGCAGUAGAUUUGCACGUGAUGUGAUGCUUGGAAAAAUCCCUAUGGCAUGGAGGACAAUAAGUUAAAAGAUAGCAGUUUUGCACCUUAGCUCCAUAUUGGUUAAUUAUGUUCUUUUCAUUUAAUUGUGUAUGUUGGUGUCACUCCAUUUGCUUAGUUUUUUGUAUAGUCGUAUUCAGAGAAACCAAAUAGGCUGUCUACUAAAGUAUCAGUUUUCAGCCUUUAAAAUGGACCUAAACUUCUUUUUAUCAAAUUUACUUGAGUGAUUUGUAAUAUAUAUUUCCUGCAGGAACCACAGAUGUAUUCUGUGUAUCAUUCCAGCAUAAAUUGUGCAUAUGUACUAACAGUUAUAUGCAUUUCUAUUUUUGUAAUCCAUGAUGAUCUUUCUGUUACAUUGUACCUAUAGGGACAAUCCAUAUGAAAAGCUAUUUGGGGAAGCUUCACUUGGAAACUCAUGUAGCUGUCCUCCCCAACUGUAUUUAUCAACUAUUGAAAUUUCCCCAUCUAUAUUAGUAAGUAAAUUAAUCAGAUUUUAAAAUUACUUUUCAGGUAUUCAGAUGCAACAAGUAUUUUGUUAUUGCUGAAUGUAGUGGUAUAUAUGUAUAUAGAGAGAUAUUAAAACAUUUUUUUUGUACACUUAACUAGCUUGGGAGACUAUUCUAGAGAAAAUAUUUUUAAAUUAGCUGCUGGUCCUUCAGGAUCUUGUUUCUGCCUCAAGAUCUGUACUAAAGUGACAUACAAAUUGCUUAUAGCUCUAAUGGCUGCUGCAGUAACCAAAACACCAAGCUUCUUUCCUGACGUGAGAGUAAAAGAGAUUGGGCCUCAUUUGUGCUUUAUUCUGAGAAAGAGGCACAAUAGGAGGGUUCUCUGUUUCUGUUCUUACUUGUUCAAGCCAGAGAGAUAGUAACUAGAGAGGAACCUAGAUCUUGUGUGUUUGAGGAAAACCCAGAGCAAGUGAGUACUUUGGUCCUGUCCAAACCACAACUUCCCUUUCCUGAGCCUCACAGCGGAUUCAAACAUUGGUGUUAUGGCUGUCCACAUCACUGCCAUAAAUGUGAGGCCAGGGAGAGCAGAGAGCAACUCUUCCACUGACCUCUGCCAUUCCUACCCAAGCCUGCAUUUAUAUGAAGAUUUAUUUUCCCCCAAAGAUGGUUUGGAACAGUAUGAGGAAUCAGGCUUAUGACAAAGUAUACAAAUCUUUGGAAAAUACACAUAUUUUAACCAAAUACUAGGACUGAAUGCAAUUUAAUUUUUCUACUCCCAUUUCUGUGUUGAGGUCCUUUAUCAUUGUCUCUGUCUUAGAUCACUAAGUAAGAAGUUGUGAUCUCUUAAACCAGUUAUGUAUAUAUAUGUAAAUUGGUCCACAAUUCCCUGUCAACUGGCUUUUUAACCAAAUGUCUGUUAGCAAGUAUUUAUUUUAGGGAAGAUGCAUCUCCCUUAGGGAGAUGAUGUGGACCAUGACAAGGACCACAUACGUGAAUAUAUUUCUUUCCUGGACUGUAAGGGAUGCCCUCAUCUGGCCUGAGAUUGAAACAACCUGGUGUUCUUUGGAGUGCAAACUUAGAUUUGCCCCUUUGCCAUUAUGUGACCACCAUUAAUAGGCUGUUAGCUUAGUCUUUCCCUCCCCCAGUCUUUCUGUUUUGGAGCAAUAAAGGGAUGAAGAAUAUUGAAUGUCUUAGAAACUGGAUAUGUUUUUGUUGUUUCUGGUUACUUGAUCAUAUAUGUUUUCCAAAAUAUCCCAAGACUUGGUUUACAUUGUUUCUGGACCAUUUCCAUACCGUCCAGGUAGUUACUGUAAAUGUAAAUAUUCCCAAAUGGAAGUGGUUGUUCUAUGGGAUGUGCCUGUUAAAUUUGAAAUAUUUCCUCCCCGGUAGCAAUUCUGUAUCAUGUGGGGUCAUUUGGGCUUUUGUUUAUAAUAUCUUUACAAAAGUUAAUAACUUUACCCUCACAUAGAAGAUAUGGAAUUCAUGUAAGAGUAAAUUCCAAGUUGUUGAGCUUAUUUUAUUCAUUCUGCUCUUUGGGGAUAAACAGAUGAAGCCUAAGAGAAGGUGCCUUGGCUUUAAAAAGGAAUGCUUUGAGUGCUUCUGGGGUUGUGCUGUCAGUGUACUUUGGUUCCUUUUAAAGCAUGGUAAUAAAUGUCAUUGAUAAAAAAGAACUGGAGCACUUCCUGUUCCAUUUCAGUUAAAGAGCGUAGCGUUUAUGAAAACUCUAGCAUAUCUUGGUGACUGGACAACAUAAAGCAGAGGGAGACCAUGAGAAGAGGAGAGAAUGAUUUCAGUUCUGAACUAUUACAUGCUACACACUGUAGAUAACCAACUAUAUUGGCACUUCGCUUAUUUAAAAAAGAUCAGGGAAAAAAUGUAUUUUUACCAGGCAUUGGAUUCUCAAUUAAUUCAUAUAGAAUUGUUGCACAUCAGCUCAGAGUAGUGAAAAUGGCUAAAAUAUAUCUUUCCAUGAUAUUUUAUGUAUUAUCUCUAGAUUUCAUUGUAGCAAACUUAUAUUGUUGUUCACCAACUUGCUGACAGUAUUUACCAGUGUCAUCUUUUAGCAACUGAUCAUCUUUCAAUUAUGAUAGAUCUGAUUGGCUUAUUAUAAGGGAAAAUGUCUAGAAUUUUCAUUGAAAUAAAGGCAAAAUGUUGUAAAUGACAUAAUUGAUAAAUUUCACAAGAAAUCAGUUAGACACACAAUAUUGCUUAAAAAGAAAUAUGACUUAAACCACAUGGUAUUUCUGGGACAUUGAAGGAAUUUUUAUUUCUCUAAAGAGCAUUGUACAUUUAUAUUUUUUAUUAAAAAUAAAAGAGGUCUCAAUCGCAUGCUUCAAAUUAC